GGAGGCUUUCGGCGCCGAGCUGAUGUCGUGUAUCUUCUGUUUAACUUUCUUGGCCAAUGUUGUGGCUACAAACGGAAAUGUAACGAGCCACGAUUUCAAUGCAACCGCAUCCGAUGAAUUUACUGUCACAUCUAACGUUACAGACAGUUACACAACAACCUUGGAGGCCACAGAACCGACGCUGACCUACACCAGCACCGUUCAACCCACCGCAGCCGCCCAGCCCCUGCCCGUGUCCGGCCGGCUGCUCCUCCCUGCCACUGACGCUGACAGGUUGUGUCCCUGUGACGAACACAGAGGUGCGUGUGACAUCAACUGCUGCUGUGACACAGAGUGUGAUGAGGAGCUUCCUCUGUUUACCGGCUGCUCAGUGUCCACCGUCAGUGGCAACAAACAGCUUUGCAGCUGUGAUUUAGCGUCGUACUCUCUGAGGAGCACCAUAGACGGCUACUCAAAGCUUCAGCCAUCCGUCAGGAAGGAGACAAAUUAUGACAUUUUUUGCAUUCAGUCACAAAAUCGUAUUGAUGGAUGGUCUCAUCCCUCACCUUCUCUUCCAACCGACAGUAACUUUGAUACGCUGUUUAAACAAUUUACCAGCUUCCUCUUCGACUUGGAGGAAAACACUGCAGAGCUCCAAGUCCCAUCUGGAUACCAGUAUGGGGAUGUGAUGGUGACGGCAGGGGAAGAUGGAGACAGAGGGAUGUUCUGGUUGCCCGCUCCUGGUGUCACUGCUGAUUGUGUGGACACAAGUCCUGCAGCCUUCUUAAAAGAUGACAGCAGAGGGUGUUCCCGGCGUGUAAACCUCGAUCAGGACUGCAGCUCUCUGCCAGCCCUCAAUAUGGGCACCUACACUGAAGUCCAGCUCUUAACUGGGACGAAUAACGAUGCAGCAGUUGUUCCUGUGGAGAUCGCUUCAGUCAUCCAGCAGUCUGUAGAGGGGACUCAGACUAAGUGGAACAUGAGUGGAGGAGAAAACCUCAGUCCUGUUCUCCUGAACCCAGAACUCUGUGCUAAUGUAGUGCUGAAGGUUAUAUACGUCAUGAAGUACACCCCAGCCGGUGAGAUAGUGAAUGUGAGCGUAUCUCUGGUACUUGGAUUUGUUCGUGAAACAUCCCUGUCCCUGAAACAGGAGUUUCAAAUCACCUUUCUCCAGCAGGAUGUUGAGGAGGUGGCUGUGGAUUAUAGUGGAAAUCCAGGUUAUGUGGUUGGACUGCCUCUUGUGUCUGGAACAAGAACACAUGAUGGGAUUGUCAGAAGCAUCGACUCUAGACAAACACUGUCUCUUCUGGAUGCAGCUGAGGAUCAAGACUGUCUGCAUGGUCUACAUCAGCGCUCCCCUGUCCUUUUUGGUCUGGAUUCUGUGUCUGGCUGCACAUUAAGACUGGAGGAUACUGCCAACUGCUCCCUGGUCUCCCAAGUUCUCCUGGAUGUUCUGAGAGGACCAAACUAUCCCCAGUAUGUGGCUUCUUUUGGAAACUCCCCAUUAAACAAUCCACUGGACUGGGUGCAAAUCAGCAGCUUCCGUCCUGGGGAGGCCCAGAGUUGCAGCAUCCCGUUGUCACUUCAUUUAGAAGUUGAAUGGACCAAAUAUGGAUCCUUGGUGAAUGCCCAGCCUCAGAUUGUGAGCAUCAAAGAAGUUGUCCAAACCAACACCACCAGCUUGGCCCUGUUGUCUGGCAGCAGCAGCAUCCUGACAAUCAGCAUGUCAGUGGCCUUCACACCAGUGUCGGCUGCUGCUCUUCCUGGUUACAAUGCUAUGCCCACCAUCGAUGCCAAACUACCCUAUGACUUCUUCUCCCCUUUUGUCUGAUCCAAGAGUUAUCUAAGAGUUCAUACAGGUUCCACAUACACUGGUACAGGACAUUUUUGAAGUUCUGUUUGUACAAUCAAUUUAAUACUGUUAAUAGUGUACAUAUAAACUUUGUAAGAUUAUUUAACAUUGUUGAAUAAAUGAAAACAUUUUCCACACUUAUUUAAAUCUUUUUUUUUUACAAAACAGAACAGUUCUUCUCAAUGUCACUCAGUAGAUGUAGAUUUUGGUUUAUGUGCAUGUUAUCAGUAUAAAGAAAGUUUUAAUUAUUUGUGGCCUCAUAACUUUACAGUCUCAUCCAGUAGCAUCAGAAUAUUUGGCAUUCAUUAGAUACAUGCAGUACUUUCACUGGUUUCGAUCACUCCAGGUUUCCAUGGACACACUGACUGAUAUUAUAAAUGACAUGAUAACACUAAAUGCCUUCACCCAACUGUACAGUUGAUGUAAAGAUUCUGUGAACAGGUAAUAGGAAUACUGAAAUAAGGUCUACUUUAAAAGUUUAUGAAGGAGUAUACAGUUUGUAAAUUAAAAACAAUGGUGCAGAAAGGAACAUAAUAUAAAUGACAUUGAACAGUAGGUCCCCUGAAGUUACUUUGAUGAGUUAGAAGUCUAUGCCGUGCUUCUUCAGGAUGGCUUCAAGUUUCUGUUUCUCUUGUUC